AUGACGCAAGACGUAACUUUAGCCUCGUCUGGGUUUCGAUCAAAGUCGAUCACACUAUUUGAAAGGUUCAAGAUGAAGGCUGACAAGUGGAUCUUCCUUUUGCCGCUGUUGCUGAUUUUUGUGUCUUCACAAGAACUCGGCGCUCAACUUGGGUCAUCUGUGCUCUUGCCAUGCAAUUCUAUAAAAAGUAACCUUAGCGAGGUUAAAUGGGUCCAAAUCAAUGAAGUGGCUGAUGAGGUGGCUGUGGUGGAAUUCUCAUCUGAUGGCCUGUUAAAGUUCCUGGGCCCCAGACAUGGCCGAGUGAAAGCCUUUCCAAUCCAGGCCUCACAGGGAAACUACUCCAUCCGCAUUGAUGAUCUACGACCUACUGAUCUGGGUGUUUACCAAUGCCAAUUCAGGGAUACGUUUUUUGAAGUGGAGUUGUAUCAGGAAAAAGACGAGCUGCCGGUGAUCUACAUCUUUGCUGGCGUGGCCUGCGCCCUCCUGCUGCUGUGCUGCCUGGGCGGCUACUACUUACAGAAAACAUGUUGCUCUGGCAAGAAAACACAAGGAAAUGCCAACAACCCUGCGAUUUCCAGCAUUGAGGGUGCCAGUGCUCCACCUCAGGAACUAGAGCCAGUAAAUGAUGAACACCGCAUAGAUCCUGCAGGUGGAGACUUUCAUGUCCUUGUUUAUGAAAACGAUGACCAAUACCUCGCCUGCGCCGAUCCAAACAGAAGCCACGUUGGUUUGCCGAGGGGGUCGCAGCACCCUGGCGUCCCUCAGCCUGGUCAAAGCACCGGGGGGAUUUAUCCGAACCUUAACGAACUCAGGUUUGAACGGGUGGAAAGUCAAAGGACGAGACAGAGAUUCCACAUAGACCUCAUCAGCAGGUUGCGGCAAGCAAGUUUCAAUCGACAUUUUUACGUUAACCAGCGUGAGCUCAGCAAGUCACACGCCAUGGCAACAAGGCCGGAGAAUGGAAAAGCAGGCAUGGGGAGGAAGAAAGCCAAAGACAGCUUCGAUUACAAAAACCCCAUUUACAACCGGGGCACAGUGGAGCUCAACCAACUGUAG